AUGCAAGAGGCAGAGCACAGGAAGGCACCCAUGAUCGCUGCCCGGGAGACCGGCCCCGGCCCGGGACGGUACAGCCUGCCUCCUACCAUUGGGUUUGUCAACCACGACUACACCCGGUUAACCAGCCCGGCGUACUCCCUCCACAGGCGGCUUGACGACAGCGGCUUUCCCCCUUUGUCGGCAGUGUACCUGAAAGACGCCAGCCCGGGUCCCUGCUAUUAUGUGGAGCCGCAGCUCACCCGCUUCGGCAGGGCCAGGGGCCCGGCUUACUCCAUGCGGGCGCGGGCCAAGCCCCGAGGGCACCCACAGACCCCCGGGCCGGGCACGUACAGCCCAGAGAAAGCCCCGCUAAUCACCCGACGCCAGGCACCGUCCUUCACCAUGGGCACGCGCACCGCAUGCCGCGUGACGGACCCCGUCCCCGCGCCCAACCGCUACGCCCUGCCCUCCCUGCUGGGCGCGCGGGUCCCUGCCAAGCCCUCCAGCCCCAGCUUCACCAUCUCCGGGCGGCACCAAAAAGGCAGCUACUCCGAAGACCUGGCGCAGACGCCCGGGCCAGGCCGAUACAACAGCACGGAUCCCAGCACCUACCUGCGCCGGCCGCCCGCCUUCUCCAUGCUGGGCCGACGCAUUGCCCCCAAGCCGGCUUUCCAGACGCCGGGUCCAGGCACGCACAGCCCCGAGAAGGUGACUGCUCACAGGACCCGGGCCCCAGCCUAUUCCCUGGGCGUCCGGCACUCUGAUUUCCUCACCCCUCUCAUUGUGGAUGUUUCCCAGUGAUGCAGCAGUGGAGCAGGCUUUGAUGCACCUUCCUGGAGGGACCCUCCUUGGCUCCGAGUGCCCGGAUCCCACUGGGUGCUGUUCCCCUGCCCGCUGCCCAUUGCUGCACCCAUAUGGCUCUUCCAAGCUGCCCAUCCCCACGUCACUCCGGGUAGCCUGGGAUAUCUCCCAGCAGCGGAGACUCCCCACCUGGGGGGCACAAGGGAGCCCCCCUGCUCACGGCUGCUUGCCCCUGUGGCUCGUUAAGCCGCCUCCACCAGCUUGAGGUCUAAUUUCCCCUUCGGCACCCAGUGUUGCUUUAUUAAACAGGCAGUGAAUUUCGGAGCUGGCG